AUGAAAAAGUUUACAACUGAAUGUUUUAUAUGUAAUUGUGUAAUUGAAUUUUCAGCCAAAACGAUUGAAUUAAUUCAAGAACAUGUUCAUAAAUGUAUAAAUGUUAAACUAGAUGAAAAUGAAAUUGAAAGAUUUCCAACAAUUGAACAAUUUAAUGAUAAACAAAAACAGAUAGAAGAAUUAUCAAAAAAAGUUGAAGAAUUAACUUUUAAAUUGAACUUUGUUGAAUAA